UGGAGGACGUCUAAUGAAAAGCCCGUCUCCGAGCGGGCUGCUGCUGCUGAAGGUGGACUGGGAUCUGUGUGUGUGUGUGAGGACACUGGGAGUUUCGGGAGUCGGGCACUUGACCUCUCCGUCUGCAAGCCAUGUCAAAAGUGCCCAAGAACAAAAAUGUCUCCUGGGGAGAGCGUCAGGACUCGGACGUCCACGAGGAAAGAAACGCCCAGGUGCAGCUGGAGAAGGCCAAGUACAAGCCUGUGGCUUUCGCAGUACGUUGCAACUUCUCUUACACGCCAGCAGACGACGACAACGUUCCCGUACCGGGCCAUGCCGUCACCUUUGAGGCCAGAGACUUCCUCCAUAUCAAAGAGAAGUUUAACAAUGAGUGGUGGAUCGGCCGGCCAGUGAAGGAGGAUGGUGUGGUGGGCUUCAUCCCCAGUCCAGUCAGCCUGGAAACCAUUCUCAUCAGAAGAGAAGUCCAGGCGAGGAAAGCUGCCAAGGCCUUAGCCAACAAAGCAUCGACUCAAGUAGCUCAAGAUAUGAACUCAAAGAAGUAUACUCCUCCCUCACAAGCCAAUCAGCAGGUGAAAAAGAAACCGGGGGAGCAGGUGGUUAUGUAUGAUGUAGUGCCGACAAUGCGUCCUGUGGUUCUUAUGGGACCGUCACUGAAGGGCUUAGAGGUUACAGAUAUGAUGCAAAAAGCACUAUUUGACUUUUUAAAACAUCGAUUUGAAGGCAGAAUUACUAUUACACGAGUCACAGCAGACAUCUCUCUGGCUAAACGGUCCAUCCUCAGCAACCCUGGCAAAAAGGCCUUAAUGGACAGGUCGAACACCCGCUCCAAUUUAGCCCAGAUCCAGGGGGAGGUGGAGCGUAUCUUUGAGCUCGCCCGCAGCCUGCAGCUGGUGAUUCUAGAUGCAGACACAAUCAACCACCCGCUCCAGGUGUCCAAGACCUCCCUGGCACCGAUCCUUGUCUAUGUCAAGAUCUCUUCACCUAAGGUGUUGACGAGACUGAUCAAGACUAGAGGGAAGUCACAGACGAAGCAUCUUAAUGUUCAGCUGGUGGCUGCAGACAAGCUCGCCCAAUGCCCGUCGGAAAUGUUUGACGUCAUCUUAGAUGAGAACCAGCUAACUGAUGCCUGUGAGCAUAUUGCUGAUUAUCUGGAGUCUUACUGGAGAGCCACCCAUCCACCAGAGAUGGAGCCUAUCAACGCAAUGGUGGCCCAGCUGGCCGAGAAUACACUGCCCACUAGUCCUUCAGCAAUACCCGCGGAUGGGCAGAAAAACAAGAAGUCAGCUGCCUCCAAGAGGAAGGUUUCCCGGGAGAAUCAACUAGACCAGGAGCAGCCCUCAGCCCCAGCACAGGAGCAGAGGGCAGAGGAGGGCCGAAAAGAGGAGGAAGAGCGGCUCCUGAGGACUGAACCAAAGAGACCCCAGCACGCCCACCGCCACCACCACCACCACCACCACCACCGGAUGGAGCCUCAGAGCCAUGCCCAGCACAACCAAACAUCCGGUGGAAUGGAAGUACGGUCGAGCAGGGAUUAUAGCCAGAGGCCUCCCCGCAGGCACCUGCCUGAGGAGAGGGAGGAGGAGGAGGGGGAGGAUGUGGUGGAGGAGGAGGAGGAAGAGACGCGCUAUAACCACCGAGGCCAUAACCACCAUCAUCAUAACAGCAACCACCACCAUCACCACCAACAACAACAACAACAACAACAUCACCGUGGGAACGUCCAGCCACACGCCGGAGAAGACUAUGAGCAGGAGCACAAUGAACGCAACCGUCAGCACAGGCAUCACCAGCAUAUUCCACCACGGACACACAACACAGAUCACUAUCCUGCAGACAAUCAUCGCAACUACCACGGCAGAGACAGGGACAGAGACAGAGAUAGAGACAGAGAUAGAGAAAGACACAAGGACAGGGAGAGAGACAGAGAUAGGGAUCGAGAUAGAGAGAGAGACAGAGACAGAGACAGAGACAGAGACAGAGAUGCACAACAAUUUCACAGAGAUUCUUAUAUACACUAGUGACUGUUGUUUCUUCUGUGGGUUGGUGCAUGGUGUUAUGCUGCUCAAGUUAUAAUGCACUAAUGGACUGGGCAGGGCGUGUCAUCUUUGUAGACAAUGUUUCUCCUCAUGUCAUUUGACAUUUUUGUCAUUUUACCCUCUUUUUUUACCCUUUUUUUGUUCUUUACCAAAAUGGAUAUUAUCACUUGGCUUUUGUCUGUGUUAUUCAUGUGGCUCUAUCUGUGUGUAUUUGUGCACAAACAUUUGUCAAGAUAAAUGCAAAGGUGUGCUCAUGCAGCAGAAGUCAAGAACAGUUGAGGUUGUAAAAUCUUUAUUUUAUCCAUUAAGUCAAAAUCGCAACUUACUUUUCUUCUUAUAUCGGGUUUGUUUUAUUGUAAUCAAAGAAUAAUUACAAUGAGUUGCUGGUUUAUUAGGUACAGCGGAUUAAAAUCAAUGCAGUCUAAUACAACAGUCCAGCAAUAAAUCCAACCUUCAUGAAGGUUAUAAUGUUCAGUUUUUACUAAAACUAUGUUCGAGACGUGUUGAUUCAACUUUAUGAUUAAUUUAGAGGAUGUAGUUUGUGAAGCUGUUGCAUUGUAUUGCAUUAUACUGAUAGGUGUUUCUCUUAUUUAGCCUACACUCAUUUAUAUAAAUGGUGUGGACAAAAUUCAGUUCAACAGCCUCACAAACUCGUCCAGAAUGAUCAUACAAAUCAACACUUCUCUAAAACAGUUAAUAACAUUAUAACCUUCAUGGAGGUUGGAUUAUUGCAGGACUGUUUUAGACUGCCUUAGUUUUAGCUAGGUGUACAUAAUAAACUGGGAACUGGAGAGUGCUUUUAGAAAAAAACAAAAGGUAUUUUUUCCUGAGAUAUCUCCAAAAAACUAUUUGUUUUCUCAAAAUAAUUAUCCUGUAUAGAUUUAAAACACAUACAUUAUUUAAUCAGUAAGUAUUGUAAUAACUGAUUUAUCUUUCCACAAGUUUUCCUAACCAAAAUGCCAAAUAUUAUCUGGUUUCAGACUCUCAAAUGUAAGAUUUGGAAAGAUGGAACAUUAGCCUCUGAGAAAUUGUUUGUUGUUUUCACUAUGUUGACACUAAAUGGUUAAUGGAUCAAUCAAUAAAGUAAGCAGCAGACUAAUCAAUCGAUAAUGAAAAUAAUCAUUAGUCAUACCCCAAAAACAAGUUAUCAUAAGAAAACAUAAAACAAAAUAGUGAACUUUGUGAUCUGGAGAUAACGGGAUAAAAUGAUAGAAUUGAAAAACGUUCGUAUACUGAUUGCAUUUAUGAUUUUUUAUUUCUACAAAGUUACACAAAAGGAUGUUUUGCUGUAUCAGAUGGUUAGAAACUGAAGGAAACAACAGACUUGUGUGUUUCGGUGUCACAUCUGAUUCUGAUAGAAUCGGUGUAUCUUCAAAAGCCAACAAUUUAUUUUAAACAUUGGUAAAGGAAAGUCUAACUAUUUUUCUACCUGAUUCUAAAGGGAAGUCAUACUUUGCUUCCUACUUUUCUAAAUGGUGUUCAAGCAUAUUUAUUGACUUGCAUUUGCUCUGUCUGGAAGCAUGAAAUAUCUU